AUGUUUGAGCGCUAUCAGAUCAAAACAAACACUGACAGAGAGCCAUCGAAGCAGGGCGACUCCGACCCUCAUUCACUCUCUUUUGGCUGCUGGCCGCCAUUCCAGGACGCCUCGUCCGUUCACUCCUUAACCCACGCUCUCUACACUGCACGCAGCUUGCGUCUGCCCCGAUCACCGUCAAUUCGAAUUGCCCAGGCCGAGUCUUUAAAUGUCGCCCGUAUAAUCCCCCCGGCUCUCGCCCAACUUCGUUUGUCGACUGGUUCGCCUGCCAGAAGUGUCCCUCUACAUCUCUACGAGUCGUCCCUCCGGACGCCCACUAAAAAUAUGCCUCACGCCCAUCAUAUCGAUUCGGCGAUGAGGCACGCUCACGUUCGACGGGAGGUCGUCCCGGCGGCUAGACUGCCUCUGCUCGUCCCGUCUUCUUCGGUCCAACCGACUCAGUUCCCGUCUCUGAUGGCCAGAGAUUCAGAAAGUACCAGCAGCUCCUGCUCGAGUGGGGGCCAUUGUGAAAAGCCCACUAGCAACUUGACCACGACGGUCUUGCCAGUCGUGCUCGGUGCAGGUGUCCCUGUGCUCUGUGCCAUCGUUGUACUGAUCUUCCUCCACCGCCGCCAUGUCAAGAAACUCAUGCGUGAGGACGCCAACGACAAGCACAAGUCUCUGGAUUUCGGAAUGGAUAUGGACCCCGUCGGUGGAAGGAGGAAAAAACACGGCCCACCCGGUCCGGAUGGCAUGCCCCAGAUGAUGGAACCGAGUCAUACCAAAGGAGGCAUGUCCAUUGACAUGAUGCACCCGUAUCUGCUGCCUCCCGGUCUCCACGGUUCCCACGACUCGUUGCAUUCAAUGUCUCGCUCAAUUGACGAUGACAAGUAUCGACCGUCCGCCGUCGGUGCUUUCAGCGCAUACGACAAUGCUUCCAUGCGCUCCCAUCCCCGUCCUCCCCGUGAUGAUGCCUCGAGCUUCGCGGGUUCCACUACUCGCUUCGGUGGGCUCGAGGAGCCCAAAUCGGGCUUGCUGCAGAACGCCCAGCGCAUGUCCCGCUCAUCACCUCCGCUGUAUAAGAGUCCGUCCCCUGAGUCGGUUGGACAGGCUCGCAACCAGUCUCCGCAAGAUCAUAUCGGCCCUGUUCCUGGCUUGACCCGGUCUCCUGAGCAUGAAGAACGUGGACUACCCGGGGCGAUCGGUAGUACUACGACCGAUAGACAUGACCAUAGCACGGAUCGGGCUGCCCCAUAUCCGGAAUCCAACACGACCAGCCUGCACUUUGACACCGAUCCUCACCACUAUGGUCACGACAGCCACGACAGUGCCCCUGAAGAUCGUCCCAACUUUCCCCUGCCAGACCCUCCGUCUCAACGGGACUCUGAACAUGCUCAAACCUCCAUGCAACUUCCCCGAAUCUCUCUGCCGGCAAGUGACAUUACGGCGAGUGAUUAUGGCGAAGACCGUCACGAGCGGAGGUCAUCCCUGAUGAUCCCGGCCGUGAACGUCCACGGAGCAGAUGAGCUGCACAAGCACGAGGAGACAAAGGAAAAUAAACUACCGGAACUGCCCGAAGAGCCUCCGCAGAACCUGGAUGCCGCCUACGACAGCCGCCGGGACACCCGCCGGUUGACUCUCGGCGUCCGUCCUCUGCCCCCAGAAGACCCCGCCGACAACCCCGAGCAGCGCGCCAACCGUAUCCGCUCCUUCUACAAGGAGUACUUCGACGAUAGUAAGCGGGAAACCACCUACUACGAAGACUACGGCCCGGAGUUCUACGACGGCGGCGGCGGCGGCUACGCCUACGAUCCGACCACAGGUGACUACUACGAUGCCGCACCACCACCUCCCAUGCCCUUCGCCGAGCCCAUGGGCCGGGCGGCUCGCCACAUGGCUACCAACUCGGCCGGCUACAAUGGCUUCGCGCCGCCCCCGCGCGCCUUUUCUUCCGCUUCUGGAGCCUUCGGCGGCGGCCCACGAGCCUUCUCCUCUGCUUCAGGCCGCAUGCCUGGCCCCCGCGGUCCUCGCCGACCAAUGCCACCACCUGCACCACUCCAGAUCCUCCCAACCCCGCACAUGCUCAAGGACGACUCCAUUAUGAUGGCCGCCGAAUUCGCACCAGGCAAGAACUUCCGCGACCAGGCGUCUGGACGUCCGGAGACGCCCACCGGCGGCAUGAGGCCGUUUAGCCCCGGUAUGCGCGCGCACACGCCGCUGGCCUCGGCCUUUGACGAGCUGGCCGCCAUCCCCAGCCCGCAUGCCCUCCGCAAGUCCGGCACCUUCACCAGUCUGGACUUUGCGCCGCCGCCGCGAUUCAAGAAUGAGGGCCCGGCCAGCGACGCGGGUAGUAUCCGUAGUAACCGGACGGGCAUCUCGAAUGUGCAUAUGAACAAUGUUCGCAUGGGCAAUUAUCGGGUGAGCCGGUUGCCGCCGGAUAUGGUUGGGACCAAGGAUGAUCUGAUGGCUUCGCUGAAGCCUGAUUGGGAUAUGAAGCGGUAA